AUGAUUGUACGAUUAUUGUCCAUUGUUCUUCUCAUAUUACAAAUACAUAAGGGUUUUGCAUCAUCAUAUACCGAUACUACACAUUAUAAUGACAAUCCAUGGUUACAUGCAUUACAAUUACUUCAAUCACCACCUUUGAUACCUGAUGUGUUUAGUCCAAAUUAUGAUAACCAUUUCAUCUAUAUCCCCAUGGAUUAUAUCCCUGAAAUUCAACAACAAUCAUUCCAAGAUUUUUGUAAUAAUAAAACAAACCUUUGGCAUAAACAACUUUAUAAAUCAUUAGACGAUAGUUCUACUCUUCAUAAUAACCCUGAAGCUACCUUUCUUUUAUCUCAAUUGUUUCUCACGGGUCAAUACAAUUUCCCCUGGAAUGGGACUUUGGCUUACAAGUAUUUAUCCAAAUUCAAUGAAUUGACAAAUUCUCAAAACUCUACCGCAUUAUUCCAAUUGGCGAUAAUGCAUUCCACUGGUCUAUUUGGAGAAAUUCCUAAAGAUGAACCUUUAUCUUUAUUAUACUUACAACAAGCAUCCUCUUUCGGUAAUUUACAAGCCAAACAAACUUUAGCUUAUAGAUAUCAUAAUGGUAUCACUUUACCAAGAGAUUGUCACUCAUCUUUACUCCUGUAUAGACAAUUGGCCACAGAGAUUCAAAAAUCAUACAAUGAUUAUGAAUGGAAUAUCCACAUGCCAUACACAGAAUCAUAUGAUGUUCGUAUUUCAGAUUUCCACGAUGGAUUAUUGGGUAAGGGGUUAAGUACAAUGCCUCUUUCCACAGUUCGUAUUCCCUCUACAAGACCAGAUAUUACUUCUUCGUUACUCACACAAAUGAAUGGUGGUCAAAUCAUUUUACAAUUUGGUAUUGGUGAUAAUUCAGGUAGAGAAUUUGCCUCUGAAAAUGACGAUGAAAAUAGUGAUGAUCGAUUAGUUGAUAUUUUUUAUACUGCGUUCGACUACUAUAAGGGGACCUACGAUACAAAGAGAGAUUGUAUCGCUGCAAAGGAAUUGUUGACUUCUACUUAUAAAGUGUUCGAAGCAGAUGUCCCCUAUAUGGAUAAUUUGCAAAAAUAUUUCUAUGGGAAAUCCUUAGAUUUAUUGGGCCAUCUUUAUUUCACUGGUGAAGCUGAAUUAGAUGGUAAACCUAAUUUCCAAAUGGCUCAGAAUUUUUUAAAAUUAAGCAUUAAAAUUAUAGAAAACUCUUCCACUUUGAAAAGUAGAGCAAAUAUAGAUUUGGGUCUAAUAGAACAAUAUGUUAAUGGUAACAUAACAAAUGCUAUUGAAUAUUACAAAAAAAUGUUACAUUCAAGAACAAGUGAUGGUACUGCUGAUUUCCAAUUAGCCAUGUUACAAAGAGAAAAUCCAGAAUAUAAAUUGGGUAAUUAUUAUGAAUUCUUACAACGUGCAUUCAUGAAACAUCAUAUCCCAGGUGCAUUCGAAUAUUCUAAGGCAGUGGAAUUAGGGUUCAACGAUAGAUAUAGUUGUGAAGAUUCUUCUCAUCUUUAUAAACAAUUUGUCGAAAUGAAUGAAAGUAUCUUGGUUCCCUUUUUGAAAAACGCGUAUGCUCAAUUGAUUUUGGGUAACACUCAAAGUGCAUUAUGGUUUUAUGCAAUGGCUGCCGAACAAGGUUAUGAAACUGCUCAAGUCUCUGCAGGGUAUUUAUUAUAUCAACAUAAUUAUUUAUUAGAACAACCUCCAAUUACUACUGAGGCAAGGAAAAGAUUGGCCAUCAAUUAUUAUAGUAAAGCUUUUAAACAAAACAAUCCAGAUGCUGGUGUUAUUGCUGGUAACAUUUAUUUCAGUUUACAUGAAUAUAAUAAUGCAAUCUCCAUGUAUCAAAGUGGGUCCAUUAGAUAUUCUGCUCAGGCAGCUUGGAAUUUAGGUUAUAUGCAUGAAUAUGGCCUUGGCGUAGAUAAAGAUUUCCAUUUGGCAAAAAGAUAUUACGACCAAGCAGUAGAGAUUAAUCCAAGAUUAUACCUUGGUGUCAAAUUAAGUGUUUUGAAAUUAAGAUUUAAGUCCAUGAUUUAUUGGUUAUUGAGUGAAAAUUGGAAAUAUCAAGUAGAUCAACAAGAUGAAUUAGAUAAAUAUUUACCUUGGUAUAAGAAGAUUUUUAAAAGUUUCCAAUUAGCUGGUAAAGAAAAUAGUUGGAUGCCCGAUGAUUUUGCAAAUGAACAUAACAAUAAUAUCAAUAUCAAUAACAACAACAAUAACAACAACAACAAUAAUAAUAAUAAUGAAAAUAUCAAUGAAGACAUAGAUUCCCAUCAAGAUCAAGGAGGUGUUGCGAAUGACGUAUUAGAUGUUCUAGAGACUUAUGGAAUUCAAUUAGAAGAUUUAAUAACAAUAGGAUUUGUACUUUUAGUAUUAGUCGGAAGUGUAAUUUUACGUACAAUUGCAAUGCGUAGAGGUUGGAAUGUAAGAAUAAAUGGUAUACCGAUGCAACCACCACAACAACAAGAUCAACCUCAACAACCUCAGGGAAAUUUUGACAUUCAAAUUUUCGCAAUAUAA